GCUAACACUGAUUUUAAACGUUAUAUGAAAUUUAAAACUCAACAUAAGUUCAAUUUCGAAAACAUUAAUAUCAAUGAAGUGUUAAAUGCACUGGAGAAAUUAAAGACAUCUAAGUCAACUGGACAUGAUAAUAUCCCAGCCAAACUUUUGAAAGAUGCGAGUGAUGCCGUGGCGCCUUUUUUAGUAUUUAUUUUUAAUACUUCACUCAAACAUGGAAUUUUCCCUGAUGAUCUUAAGACUGCAAGAAUUUCUCCAAUUCAUAAAUCUGGCGAAAAAAAAAUCGAGGCAAUUAUAGACCGAUUUCCAUUCUUUCGAUUAUUGCUAAGUUAUUUGAGAAACUUGUCUGUACACAGCUCAAUUCCUUUUUAACUGAAAAUAAUAUUCUAAGCUCGUGUCAGUCUGGUUUCCGUAAAAAUUAUUCCACCGCAUCAGCCCUUUUAGCAAAUACGGAUUCAUGGUUACUUAACAUGGAUGCUGGGAUGAUAAACGGAGUACUUUUUCUGGACUUAUGUAAAGCAUUUCAUACGGUUGAACACGGAAUUCUCCUAAGUAAAUUAUCUAUCUAUGGAAUCCAAAAUAAGGCCUUAGAUUGGUUUAAAUCUUAUUUGCAUAACAGAACGCAAUACUGCAGGGUGAACAGUGCAACAUCGUCCACCAGGAAAAUACGUUGUGGGGUUCCCCAGGGAUCGAACCUUGGUCCCGUUUUGUUUUUAUUAUACGUCAAUGACCUGCCAAAUUGCUUGGAUAAAUCCUGUCCGGCAAUGUAUGCACAUGAUACAAAUCUUACAGUAUGUUCAGAUAGCAUUAAUAAUUUGGAGGAAGCACUAAAUUCUGAAAUGAAAAAUAUUCACCAGUGGCUUCUUUCAAACAAGCUAACUUUAAACAUUGAAAAAACAGAAUACAUGAUCAUUGGAACCCGUCAAAGACUAGCUAAAAUUCAAAAAAAUACUAGCGUAUCAUGCGGGGGGAAACUAUUGAAACAGGUUUAUUCCAAAAAGACUUUAGGUGUACUGAUUGAUGACAAUCUAUGUUGGAAUGAGCAAAUCGACAACAUCAGUAAAAAGGUAUCGAAGGGCAUUGGUAUGCUGCGCCGUGCAAAGCCAUUUGUCUCUCUUGAAACUCUUAAAUAUAUUUAUCAGGCUUUAGUGCAAUCGAGUUUUGAUUACUGCUCCAUGGUUUCGGGAAACUGUGGCGAAGGUUCAAAAGAAAAGCUACAGAGACUACAAAAUCGUGCAGCUAGAGUAAUCACAGGUGAUACCUAUGAAAUUCGCUCCACGGAUAUUUUAAAGAAAUUAAAUUGGAGAACACUCGAAGAGAGAAGAAAGGAGCAAAAAUUAGCAUAUGUGGCCAAAGCCCUUUCAAACCAAUGUCCUGAAAACGUUUCAACUAUGUUUAAAAUCUCAAAUUCUGAUAAAUAUAAUUUAAGAAGUAAUAACAAGAUGCUGAUGUUGUCGAAGCCUAAAACAAAUUCAAUGAAAAGGACAUUCGGAUAUGCUGCUGCUAAAGACUGGAACUAUAAUAGUAAUAAUUUUAAAUCUACUUAAUUCAUUUGUAAUAUAUAUAUUUAACGUAUCGCUUCGACCCAAACAUUUCUUAGUAUCUUUUAAUAUUUUUAUAAUAGUUUAUAUAAUAGUAUUUCGAGUUUUAAUUUGUAUUUAAUAACACGGCCUAAUGAAAAACAACCUUUAUAAUUUUUGUAAAUACUGAUAGGUAAUAUGGUUGAUUAGUUACCGUGUAUAAAGAUGUUGUAAUAAUAAUAAUAAUAAUAAUAAUUGAGUAGCGAUUCUGUGCACGACAUCUUCGAUUUCAUCCGAACCGUCCUCGUCGUUAGUUAUGUUUCCGACUAUUCCCCAAGCAUAGGGUUCGUUACCUCGUCCGGGCAGAACUCUUCGUGGUACAAUGGCACGAGGACAGUUCGCACCUAUCAACAAUCCUACCUCGAUGUCACUAUGAUAGGGUGACAAUUCUGUUGCUAUCUUUGGUAGAUGGGACCACUUUGUUGCCAUCUCUGGACGUGGAAUUUGCGAUCUCUUUACUGGGAUAGCCUUGCAGAAUACUCGCGGAAGUUGUAUCUCAGAGUUACGCUUGAAGUCGCUCACCACGAGGCCGUUGACUUUGCUGGUUUGAAUGAUCUCGUUUGCGACAUUCAUAGUGGAAAGUGAAAUUUGUGUCGGAUGACCUUCGAUUCCAAGAUUGCUAGGGGUACUUUCGGAGACGAACGUGCUAUCAGACUGAUUGUCGAGGAGGGCGUAUACGAGCACGGCAUUUUCGGGAUGAUUUGCAUGUUGCAACCACCCGGGAAAGAUCAUUGAACUCACUAUUCCAUCACGUUCUUCCUUGGAAGUGCCAGAUUUGGUACAAUAGGCUGCCCGUUGUUCCGUUUGGUUUUCCGUUCGAGAGGGUGCAGUCUCUUUAGAUUCGCCUUUCAGGUCUCCAUGCAGGGAUGUUGGAUGAGCCAUUUUGCAUGAGUCGCACUUUUUCGUCUCUUGCAAUCCCUCGACAAAUGUCCCUUUCCAAGGCAUUCAAAGCAGUGUCCUUUCGUUUUUGCAAACUCUUUCCUCGCUUUGACCUCCAUAUCCAUAUAGAUCUUACAGGAUUCCAAUUCAUGGGCCUUUCCACACAUUGCGCAUUGGACGUCUUGGGUCUUGCCCUUACUCGCAUCUUCUUCAUUAACCUUUGUUGCCAAUGAUCUAGCAAACUCAUCGCGGUUUGAUUCUCGAGGUGUACGUCUGAAAUUUCCAUAGUCCCUUUGUCUUCGAGGUCCCCUUGAAUAGAUCUCUAUCUUCCAUUGGCUCAAGUUCAUUGGAUCGCACGCAAUGUCUGCUUCAACCACGACAUACUUCACAAAGUCAGAAAAUGGGGGGAAUCUCUUCGUCUCGUUCUUCCAAGCGUAAACCUUUCUGCUCCAUCGUGUGAGAGCCCAUUUGGGUAGUUUGGAAGACAUCUUAUUUAUCUCUUGGUCGUCGUUCAAAACCUUCAAACUGUCGACCCUUUCCAUCGCCUUCUCAUAUUGCAUCAGGUAAUCUGCGUAUCUUCGCAAUGCCAAACCAUCUUGUGGUGGGAUUUGAGGCCAGGAUUCCAAUUUCUUGCGGAAUGCCGAGGCAACUGCUUAUGGAUCUCCGUAACGUUUAGAUAACAUUUCCUUGGCUUUCAGAUAGGCAUCUUCUCCGUCCAUCAGCAUAUGUCCAUCUAUGACAUCAUUAGCUUCGCCACCAACGUACCUUCCGAGGAAAUGUAGUCGUUCAGUGGAAUUAGUCGCACGUGUUUCGAUUAAUGUUUCAAAGGCUUUAAGCCAAAUUGGAAACUUUAGUGGGUCACCAUUAAAAACUUCUGGUUUUGGAAGGGGGAGACGACUUUGGGCAUGACUUUCUACUAACUUAUUUAGAGUGAGGUGGGUUUGUAAGAUGUUCGGGUUCUCUAUGUUCGAAAUGGAGUGAUGAGCUUCGUUCGUACUUGUCACAUUCGGUUGUCCUUGUUCAUAUUGUGAGGAGUCGUUCGCUGUAGGUGGUGUAUAGUUACGAGCGUUAGGAUUCAACGUUCUGACCGCUUGAUUCUCUACAGGUGUUGUAGGACCUGCCUCUUGGUUGGAGGUGAGGUUUCCAGGAUGCUCCAAUUCUGUUAAAGGUGAUGCGUCCGGUGCCGACUGAGACUGGAGGAAGCGCUCGACGCGAUCGUGCGCAUUAUCACCACAAGGGAUCUCUUCAAUGGCUCUGAAUAAUUCUUCUUCACCCUCGAACCUUGUGCAGACAUCAAUUCGAGCUUCCGCUUCGGCGAGUUCCUCUCUAAUCUUGAAUCUUUCAUCAGUAAGAGUAAUUUUCUCUUUAACCUUGCGCUCUUCGUUUUGAAUCUCUUGUAGUUUGCUUUCAAUUUCUGGUAAGGCCAAUCGAUUUGCUUGAUCGAAUUUCUCCAUCUCACGAGCAAUACGCAUUUUGGCCUUGAGCACGGCUGCAUUCUCUUCCAGUUCUUGCCUCCUCUGUCUAUUCGAUGACGUAGUGCUGACCCUUGAACAUCGGGCAGAUUACUUCGGUAUGACCUACGAGAAAUGUGGCUUCUACCAGAUCUUCGAGAUAUCCCAGAAUGGUUGUCCUCAGCGUCAAAUUUCAUAUCCCUUAUUGCUUGACACACUUGCUGUACAACCUUGUUGUUUUCCUUGCUCAUGUCCUCAAAUUUUCUGAAAAGAGCAAUUUUAUCAACCGGAGAGUCAAUGACACUUUUCAAUUCCUCGUGAGCUUUCGUUAAAUCCUUCAUGCAUUGUUCCAAAAUGCAACAGUCGUUUUGUAAUGAUGCAAUUUCAGUACAACUUACUAAUUUUCCUUGAACGCGGUUGAUUUGCUUUCUCCACGCUUUAAUUGUAUCGUGAAAUAUAUCUUCUGGUCUUUUCUUCGAAAUGUGGAUCAAACUCGUUUGUAAUUCGUCGUAGCACUGAAAGUUUCCGCGUUCGUUUUAUCUGUUUUAUCAGCUUUUUCGGUUUUACUUGAAGUUCCACCCGAUUCGACGUUUUUAUCCGCCAUUUUUCGAGUUUUUUUUGCAAAUUGCCGAUGUCGUUCCGAGAGGUCGCCGAAGUCCUCCGAUUACGACCACAUGGAAAAUUCAAAAUGGCUCGUUCGUACGUUCAGUGAACGUUUUAUAAAUUCGAGCACGUAACUGUAUUUAGGACCAAUAUUUCGAUAGAAUUUCACGAUGAAUCAAGUUUACAGAAUCCCCAAUCACUUCGCCAAAUGUUUUCUCGUAAUAUAUCUUAUUAAGAUCGUGUUUUUAUAUGAAUAAAAAGGUUCGUUGUAGCUUUUACGAGGGAAAUCGUUGAUUCUGUAACUCCCACUAGUUAAAACGCAAUUCCUUGUUCUACUUCGACUUUUAUAGGGACGCAUAUAUCUGGGCACAUCAAGGGAGUUGUUGUUCACUAGCAACUACCAAGUAUCACGCAAAGAACACACACACGCAUAGCCAUAGAAUGUUCAAACGAUAGAUGAUAGAAGAUGUCAACUACAUACAAUACAAUACAAAACAUGCAUUAAUAUAAGUUAUAACCGAUAAAUAGCAAGUCAAUAUCGUAUAGAAAGUAUAUAUAUUACCGAUUUCUUCCCGCUUGUGUCCAGAUCAUACAACCAAAAGUUAUAAAUAAGUAAAACUAUAACGCAACAGCUAGUACAAAUAUUCUUCGAUAAAAACGUUUCCUUCGCACAUAUUUAGUCCAGGGGCCUGGAACUAGUACCGAUGGGCAGAGGCGUUUACAGUUAGGGUCACGUUUGUUUUUUAAGUGUAUUAUAUUCAAUUAAAAUAAUAUCUUUAAUUAAUAAUUCGCGCGCGAAUUCGAAUUGUAUUAAUUAAUGCUAAAUACUGAGCCGCUGACAUAAUCUGAUAUGAUCGCGGAUGGGGGUCACAGAACGCCCGGGAUAAUUUCUACCAUCGUGUUCCCUAGUGACGCCCAUGGGCGUACGGGAAGGAAAAAAUUAGGGGGGCGGAAAGAAAUUUGCCCGACUUUUUCGGAUUGUGCCCGAGUUGUCAAAAAAAAAUUUCCGGAGAAACUUUCCAAUAUUGUUGUCGACGGGGGGGAGGAGUAAUUACGAAAAAUUCCUAUUAGAUAGCAUAUUUCUCACAAAAUUGACAGAAUUUCCCACAAAAUUGACAGAAUUUGUCCCACUUAUUUUUAUAAUAAGCCAAUAUUUCCCGACUGUGAAGCGAAUAUUGCCCGACUGGCUUUGCUUGCCCAACAAACUGGGGGGAGCUGCCCCCCCCCCUCCGCCACCCCCUGCCAUUCGCACUAUUUGGACCAAACGACAGAAGGAGAGACCCUGGGAACGAGGUUGGAGUCCACCUUCCUUUCCUCAGAAUGUCAUGGCACCAUCUACGAGUCCAUUUACUCUUAGCCUGCGGGCCGGUAAAAUACUCGGUAAAUUGAUAAUUUGCACAACAUUUUGAGUAAAUAUUUACUCAUUAGUUUGAGUAAAUUCACACACACGUUACUUUUUUUUAACUUAGUUAAUUUUUGCCCCCCUUUUUGUUAUGAUCAGUUUUUGGCCAGAUUUAUUCUUCACACAGUUUCAAGCUAGCGAUAGAUUGAGACCGCUUUUUGGUGUAUCUAUUUUAGAAGAAAAGGGCCACGCUCGCAAUGAGUUGUGGGAUGUCGUGUAUCAAAUAUCAAGUGUGAUUACAACCUCGCAAGCUAGGGUCUUUUACUUCCGCACGAGGUUGGUGUGAUUACUGAUUUGCAAAAUGUUUUCGUUUGAAUAUAUUUCGCUCAAGAAAAUCGUAGUUUUUAUCAUAUUUUGUAUUGGAUAAGACAUAAGUGACUCUGAAUCAUGCCGAACGCAUAUUUGAACUCAGGUGUGAAAUAUUACUGUUUAUAUCAUAUAAUUAUAACGUCCAUCGACCCUAUUAUCUCAUCUAUCUUGUGGUUAUGAAGUUUUUUAGCGGACAAAAUAUCUGAAAUGUAUCAAUCGAGUUUAUGCGCUACAAAUUGAUGUUAUGUGCAAAUAUAUCAAUGUCAUAAAACGAUACAACUAAAAGAUAAACCGAUACAACUAAAAGAUAAACCGAUACAACCAAAAGAUAAACCGAUACAACUAAAGAUGAGGAAACGGAAGUAAAUACAACUGAAAGAUGAGGAAACGGAAGUAAAUACAACUAAAAGAUGAGGAAGCGGUUCUGGAAUAUGCGGCCCCAAUAUGGGGUGGUCUGCCACAAUACCUUACAGACGAACUGGAGAGUAUCCAGACUAGAAGUCUGAAAAUUAUUGGGCUACCUUCUGAUUCUCUUCAGUCUCUAGAGCAACGUCGGGAUAAUCUUGCCAUUCGUGAGUACAAGAAAAUCAUUAAUGAUGAAACGCACUCAUGCAGGAAAUAUAUACCUGACAUAGUGACAAACACGUAUGACUUAAGAACACCAAAAACUCUUCCCCAAUUUCUCUCAUACACUAAAAGGCAUGAACUAUCGUUUAUUCCGAGAACAAACUCGCUAUUAUAGAUAAUAUUUCUAUAACUAAGGCCUGCUCUGGGACCUUAACUCGCCGCGAGAUAAGGCGAGCCUAUGCGAGUUAAGGCGAGAUAGGGCGAGUUAAGGAAAAAUCUGGCUACUGACCCUUGCGAGUUAAGGCGAGAUAAGGCGAGUUAAGGAUAAAUCUGGAUAUUGUAUACACACUAUGUAUUUUGCUUUGUUUGUGCAUUAUGCAAAGCAAGUAUGCAGUACUUGAAGUAGCAGGCCUAGAAAAGUGUUUUAUUCUAUAUUCUACAAUACAUACAUGAUAUGCACAAUAACUCGGGACCUGGAAACAAGUUGCAUCAAAACGAGGCUGGUAGCCAGAUGCCAAAUUGUAUAAUUUGAGGCAUUAUGCAUAGUGUGUAUAGAACUGCAUUGUUUCCUAAAUUUUCACAGUAUCAGUUGCUAACUUGCUAUGACUAGCUUCACCACAUAUUUUGUAAUUUUUAGCUGUUUUCAUGAAUCAUGACAUUAUCAAUUAGGUUCGAAUUUUUUUGCAAGCAGCAGUCCUUGUAUUCAAUUUUUAAUUUAAUUUAAUAUAAACAUUGAUAUGAAACAAAGAGAAACUAAAAAAGCUUGCUAGGAAAUUAUAAUAGAUUAUUUACUAUUAAAUUUAGCAUGAAACUUCGAACCACAAUGAUAUAUUAAAUGAUAACCAACGGUCAUAAUACUAAAAUUAAUGCCCAACUUACUUGCUUUGGAAACGUAAAUGAAUGUAAAUGACAAUGAUACCUCUGUAUAAAACUGUAUUAUUGUUUAACUAGAAAUACAUGCAUGCAGCAACCCCUCGCCUUUUUUAACAGAUGAAGUAUAGAAAUUCUAUUCAACAUCAAGUACUCCAUGUUUAAAAUAAUAAUAGUCGCUAUGGUAACAUGAAAAUAAUAUGAGAAAACAGUAGGAUAUAAUUUUUUACCAAAAGAAUCGUUGAUUUUCAUAAUUUGUUAUUAAAAGGAAUAUGUUAUGUGGCUUUCAAUCGGCUAAAAGUUAAUGUAAAAUGUAACGGUAAAGCGUUUCGAAACUUUGCCGUGGAACCGCAAGGGAAGCUGAAACACUCGCUUUGUUGGCAUUAUAGUCAGUAGUUUGCUCGAAAAUACGGUGAAAUAUACUUGUUUUAUAUAAGCAAAAGCUAGUUUUUGAGUUAUAUUUUGGUGAAGCCAUAUUUGCUACAGGUAAAAGACCAUUAUAAACACGCAUAAAAACACGAUAAGCUGUAUUAAUUGCCCCAAAUAAACAAUAUUUAAAAUCACGUACUACAUUCAUACAUUUUCAUGUAAAUACCAGCUUGCAUAAAAAUAUAUUAAAUAUUGAGUUGAAUGGCAUAAAAAUUUCGCCGAUAUGUGAAUAAAAUCGAAAACACAAAGCAUGCAAGUACGGUAUGAAAUUUUAAUACUGAAAUGUUCAUAAGUUUUAUAACACUUACCCAAGAUGACAAGAUAGCCAAGAGUCAAGACAACAAUUAAAUUUUAUAUUAAAACCAUCUGGCUCGUCUUCGACAAAAUUCGUGUUUAUCAGCCUAUGCAUGCCUUUCACACUUUGUUUCACAGUUGACAGCCACUAAUUCAUGAAACUGCAGGCUUGUUUCCAGUUAAAUGUCGAAAUACAUCGCAAAAAAUAUUUUAAAAUAGCAAGUAUCUUUCCAAAAUGAAAAACAUUUUUUUAGUGCGAGCUAUUACACGUGCAUGCGCAAUAACGUCGAAGACCGUCCAUCACAUAAUGGAGGACAACUUUGCACUUCGCUAUGUUUUCAAACACCCGGGUGUAAAUAGCCGGGCGGAAUUAGUACCCUCGCACGGCGCUUCGCGCCGCCGGCUCGGGGAUUAACAAUUAUUCGCCGAAAGCGAAGUGAUUACCGGUGAAUAUUCACCGAGACGAAGUCGAGGUGAAUAUUCACCGUAAUCACUGAGCCUGAGGCGAAUAAUUGUUUUAGUAUAAAUUUUUAAUGAAUAAAACAACAUUCAAAUAUCAGUUCAAUUAAAUUUCAGAAAUAAAACUGUUUUCGGCCUGUUCACUAAUAGUGUUGCAGUGUUUCUUGUACGCACACGCUUUCAAAAUGGCUUCUUGUGUGACUUUAUUGCUUUAUUACAAAGUUGUUUUUCUCGAUUUCUGCUUGGAAUAUAAACACAAUAACGGAAUGACUCUUUCACCAGACUUAGAAUUAAAAAUAGCUUCUGUUUAGCAUUAAUUUCUUCAGGAAAUGGCUGAGGAAUUUGGUAAAAUGAAAUGUGAAACUAUAUCGUUCGAAAAAAAGUUUUAAUAACACUUUUUACUUUACAAGUUUCGAAAACACAAUACAGCGGUCAGAACACCUUACAGCACAAUGAAAACAUGACAUAUCUAAAGAAAUAUUAUCGUUCAAAUAGGGAAAUUGAUAGGAUACAAAACAAAAUUGUUUUAGAAAGAAUAUCACAGCUUUUCCCAACAGUCGGGUAGCCGGUUUUGCAAAUUGUUUGAAGCGAAUGUUUUAAAUAAGUUUUAAAUUGUCCGUGAAUAUGUUUGACACAGUAAAAUAAUAAAGAAAUCCUACCUUUCAAGCUAAAUGCAACAUUUUGUGCUUUUUUCGUUUUCUGGAACGAUUUUUUCAAUAUUUCGUCGAUUUUCAAACCAAAUUUGCCGGAUCGUUCUUUUUGAAAAGCAUUAUUUACUAGUCUGCUAGUAAAUAAUGCCUCAGAUUUACUAGUCAACUAGCCAAUCAGAAUGCGCGAAAGCUUAUUUGGUAUGCAAAAUUUAUACUAAUAAUAUUACCGAAAUCAGUAGAGUGUCUUUUCCGGAAGUUGAAAAGACAGUCAAAAGCCAGUAGAAACUUUCAUGUUUUAUGACGUCACGAUGAAAGAAGGUAGCGUGGAACUUGUAAGUUAUUUUACUUAUUAGUAACUCCCUGUAGUGACUUUGCAUUUCUUCUCCCAGUGCCUUCCCACGAAUAAAAGUUCUCCCUAGUGUGAGGCGGUUUCUACAAAAAACCGAAGACCGACCAAAAAACCCGAAAAAACCGAGUGAACAGGUUUUUAAAAAAAAUAUGUUCGAAAAUCGGUUUAAAACAGACAACAACACACGCUAUUGAAUAUUUUAGACCUGUCUUCGCAGACGUCCGCCUUUAUUACUAGCGAAUCAAAAUUCACCAUCGCUUGAUCCGCUUAUCCGUUCAAGACUUCAAGCUCGUGCGAAAUUGUAGAAUGGUAUUUAUAACGUAAGGUAUUUUGAAGAUGUCAUCAAAUUUCAAACAAAAUCUCUUUAGUUUUCGUGUGUAAAUGCCAAAACUUGAUUCAUUUGCAAGAAACUCGUAUAAGUAUGUUUCGAUUUCGGUUUCCCCCCGGUUUUUUCGGUUUUCCGGUUUUUCUCCAAAAGUAUAAACAUCGUCAUCGAGUAAUUCGGUCUUAAAAAAACAUCGGUUUUUUCGGUUUAUCGAAAAACCGCCUCACCCUAGUUCUCCCUUUGUUCAAAAGCUUGUUUUGUGUUUGGCGAGCCAUUGUCACUUUGUCAAACUAAAUAAAGUUACUAUGUUGUGAAUUUCUAUGCCUCCCUUAGAACGUGUUCACAACAAAUCACAAAUGGUUGAAUUUUAAGUAAAUAUCAAUAAUAUAUUUUGUCACAUCUCUGGUUUUCUCACACUCUCACAAUCCCUUCACAAUACAUGCAUAACGCCCUCUCUACAUCCGGUUUGGAACUUCCGCUAUACUCAGUUCCCGACACACUCCCCCAUGUAUAUUCUCAAUUGACAUAUACAUGCAACUUCUUGGACUGGGUGAACUUAAUUAGGCGAGUCCUUUGUGCUCAACAAACAAUGUCUACAUUAAUGUUCUUAGAAUUUGGUUAAAUAUGAAUGUUAAUUACACGUAAACGUUUAUUUUCCAUGUCAAUGUUCCUCGUUUUCUUGUCUUACGAUUUCUUGAAUUCGUUGUGAAGCUACGGCUGCGGCUUGUCUUCGUGGUCGAGGGUUGUACUCCGGAGCUUCUGGGUUUAGCUGACUUGGUUCUUCCGCGUCACAACUUAACUCCAGCGGAAACAAAUGUUGGAUUGCCCGCUCUAAAUGACCAUUUCCAGUUUUCAACCGCACAGCUCUCACAACGCUGUCUCUCCCCGUGAUUAAUUGCUUUACCAUCGCUAGUUUCCACACGUUUCUGGGUUUCUGAUCUUCUUUGAUAAUCACAAUAUCUCCAACGUUAGGAUAGGAUGUAUCUUUCUUCUCCGUCAGGCGAUUUUGUUCCCGAAGACUACGAAUGUACUCUCGAGUCCUCUGUUCCACAUAGCUUGCUUGCAUUUACGUAAGUACUUCGCUCGUUUUCUGAGGUCCUUCUCUGGAAUGUGGUGACUAUCUAAUUCCGGUAUAUAGGUUGGGUUGAUGUGCAGGAUGGAAUUAGGGGUCAUAACAGGUAACUCGACAUCGUCUUCUACAUAACUUAGUGGCCGAUUAUUGAUGGUGUUUUCGAUGUCUAGGACCACUUCUUCAAGCUCCAUCCAAUUCAAAUUACCAUUGCCGACUGACUUACGAAAAGCACUUUUGAACACCCCAAUCAGACGCUCGAAUUGCCCUCCCCACCAAGGGGCACGGCUUAGGUUAAAUCGCCACUCGAUGGAGAGGUUGGCUAGUAGAUCAUUAAGCUUUUCGUCUUCUCUUACUUCUUUCACCCACUUGGCAGCAGCUUGGAAUGUAGCCGCGUUAUCUGAGUAAAUCAGUUCGGGUCUUCCUCUGCGUGCGAUAAAUCUCUUUAGACUGAUAAUAAAUUCUGGAGCAGUUAAUGACUUCACUAGGUCUAAAUGUACAGCUCUUGUAAAGGCCCGUUUACACUUGCAAUUUUCGCUGCGAUUUCUAGUGUGAUUUUCUUCGUCUAAUGGAUGUGAACGAGUAGAUAAGUUAUGAAUGUUCAGAUGAGAGUACAUAUACUUAUAUCAUUCAUAACUCAUCUACUCGUUCACAUGCAUCAGAAGACGAAAAUCGCACUAGAAAUCGCAGCGAAAAUUGCAAGUGUAAACGGGCCUUAAGACUACAUGCAUAUAGGGCGAGGUAAGCCUUUGCUUCCUUCUUGCACUUCAGUGAAUACCGUAUUGGCCCUGCGAAGUCAACACCGAGUACUUGAAAUGGUGUAGUUCCUUGGGUUCUCGUGGUUGGCAGGCUUCCAGGUGGUGGGUCUUGGUAGGCUUUCGCAUGAAACCGCUUACAUCCAUGACAUGCUCUCAUAAUCUUCUUUAUCAACCGGCGAAGUCGUGGUACCCAGUACCGUUCUCGGACCUUUGUCAUCGUGAUCCCGAUCCCUCCAUGGAUUGUAGCCAUGUGAGCUUGAAAUACCACUUUAGCUGUGAAUGGAUGUGAAUCCGGCAGGUAUAUGGGAUAUUCACCUAUGAUUCUUCCCCGACAUUCCAGUACUUGGUCCUCAUUGGGCUGAAGGUUGAGCUGUAUUUGGUCAGUUCGGAAAUGAAGGUCUCCUUCCGCUUCUCUUUGGACCCGUAGUAUCCACCACAGUUGUUGUUGUUUGAUCUCGCUCGUCUUGAUUGGACCAACUUCCCUUUCACGGCCGUCUUUCUUGCAAUUUGAGAUGAACCGAUUAAUCCACGCCUCGAUUCUUAGUUCCUUAGAUAACUGGUAUUUGUCAAGCAGUUCGUCAAAGAUGUCCGGCUCAAUAGUUGCAACAGCAAGGAUCUCUUUGAUUACUUUGGCUUCGGCUUUAGUUUCUGCAGUUGCUUCUAGUCGCUUGUCUGGUGGCCACUCAGAUGGGUUGCUCAACCACGUUGGACCUUUCCUCCACAGCUCGUUGUUCACGACAUUCCCUCCCCGACUUCCUAUGUCUGCUGGAUUAUCUGUGGUUGGAACAUGAUGCCAAGUUAUCUGGUUGUGUUGCUGGAUCUUGUUGACACGGUUGGCCACGAACUGGUGAUACUCGCCUUGGUCAUUAAUCCAAUAAAGAGCGACCGUGGAGUCGAGCCAACAAUGAAGGGUCACGCGCUGGAUACUGAGUGCUGCUUGGGCAUUGGUCACGAGGUUUGCUGCCAUAUGCCCGGAUAUUAGUUCUAGUCGAGGAAUUGUUAAGUUACGCUUCGCAAUUCUUGACUUGGCACAAACCAGUUCUUGGGUGAUUUCUUCUCCUUGAUUGACAACCGCGUAAACUACUGCGCAUACUCCACGAGAGCUUGCGUCCCCAAAGCCAUGUAGAGUAACCUCUGAUACCGAUUGUCGAUGUGGUGCAAGUGCUCGAGGGGCCGUAAAUGUUUCAAGGGAAUCAUUCCAUUCUUUCCAUCGUUUAGUUAACGGUAAUGGCAGGCUGGCAUCCCAUGGUAGUUUUGCGUCACAAACAUCACGAUAAAUUAGUUUACCUACUAACAUAGUAGGAGACACAAGUCCUGACGGAUCAUAUAUCUUGGCUAAUUUUGAAAGGAUUCCUCUUUUCGUUGUUGUUCCGAAUUGUUUUGUCAGGGUGACACUUAACGUAUCUUGUUGUCUGUUCCAUGGAAGACCGAGUAGUUUCCCUUCUGGUUGAUCAACUCCUCCGAGCUUUCUUUUGGCAUAGGUAAUCUCUUCGGGUUCUGUUUGUACUUCGUUAGUCGGUUCGAGUUCUGGCGCGUUAGAAUGCCAUUUAUGGAUGCUAAACGUUGCAUCUUCGAACACUUCAACAACAGCUGCUUUCUUUUGCUCGGUUUCUUCAACAGUUGUUCCACCGCUCAUUAGAUCGUCGACAUAUAUUGCUUCACGCAGUUCCUUAACGAUCUCUGGGUAUCGCUCUUCCCAAUUGUCAAGGUGUUGGUUUAUCACUCCCCCGAGGAGAAAUGGCGAGCAUGUGAGACCGAAUAACGCUCGGGUGAAACGGUACACUUCAAUUCCACUAGUGUUUGGAUGCUUCCAGUGGAAUCGUAACGAGUCCCGUUCUUCCUCCAUAAUUCGGAUUUGCAGGAAGGCUUUCUUCAAGUCGGCGGUAACGAGGAUUGGGUAGGUGCGUGAUUUUACUAAAACGUCCCAUAGGUGGUUUUGUAGCGGGGGCCCUGGAUGAAGGCAGUCGUUUAAAGAGGGAUGGCUGUUGCUUUCUCUCGCUGACGCGUCAUACACUAUGCGUAACUUGGUACUUUCUACAUCGUUCCUGGUCACGCCUUUAUGUGGAAUGUAGAACUCUUUUCCCGUAGCCUUUUCUGGCGCUGCUUCGAUAAUCCCGAGUUGUAGCUGUUCUCGUAUAAUCUCGUCGUACCUUUCAUACUGAUCUGUCUGCUCCAAUUUCCUUAUUAGGUGAUCUAGGCGUCGCUUGCUCCCAGUUUCAUUGGUGGGUAGAGGGGGGUGGUUCCCUUUCCAAGGUAAUUUGGCUUCAUACCAUCCUGCGUCAUUUCUGCGUAGUUGCUCCUUAAAUUCCUGGUAGACUGUCUGCUGGUCGUUCUCAUUACUGUCGGCAAGACCUAGAACAUCCAACGCACAUAGCUGUUCAUAGUCCGUGUUGGCGGAUUUGGUUAAUAGAAUUGGGCUGUCUACCUCCUCUCUUCCAGGAGACAUGAUUGUCCAUCCAAGGAGUGUUUUCUCUGCAAUUGGUUGGCCUGGUAACCCGACUCUUUGGGCUGUUGUGGUUUUAAUCAUUGCAUAAUCACUUGCGCCGAGCACUACAUGGAUUGGAAUUUCUGGCCGAUUGUCAGGAUCAUCAAGCUUUGCACCCCUAAGAUGGCUAUACUUAUCUAAUAACUUUGCAUACAGUGGGUUUUUGACCGACAUCAGCUCUGGCUUGUCUACUUUCGAUAGUUCAACAUUCAUGUCGAAUUUGUGGUCCAGCGACUUGAGGUUUGCCGAAUAUAUCUCGAUUCGAGUUGUCGAUGACGUCAGCAUCAUUUCUAUUCUCUUUGUCUUCACUUCUUUGGGUCUUUUCUUUAGAGCAUUGAUCAGGUUGGUCGAGGCAUAGGAACUACCAGCUCCAGUGUCGAGAAGCGUAUGGGUUUUAAUUCCUUCAACUUCGACAAGUACGAUAGGAUAUAUCACCUCCUGGUCUUCUUGUUUUCUGGCAGUCAUCGCUGCUUCUGGCUUAGACUCUUUCGGCGCAUUACAAAUUGACGUAUGAUGUCUUUUGUUACAAUGCCUGCAGGUUGAUGUACUUCUACACUCUGAUGCUCUAUGGGAAGGCCCUGUGCAGUUGAAACACAGUUUCUUCGUUGCCAACAGUCUCUUUCUUUCGUCUAAUGUCAAGAUUGAAUCACAUUCGGUUGAUCGGUGGCUCUCUGAGUUGCAAUAUACACAAACUCGUUUUUGCUGGGAUUUCCCUUGCUGUGUCUGGAGAUGGUACUGGUUUCGCCGCUCUCUCUUGUUUGAAUCAUCUUGCUUGGCUUCAACUGGAUUACGUCGUGUCCACAGUCUGAGGGCCUCAGUAAGUUGAACGUAAUUCCACUCUUCCCACUUGGAGUCAUUGCGAACCAAGUCUCCCCGAAUGUUUGGUAACUUCUCAAGGGUCAUAGAAACCGUUCCAUUUACAGCAUCCAGCUUUUUAAGGGUUUCCAGUGACUGAACAGAAUAUGCUAACUUUUCGUAAAAUUCGAGAAUUCUUUUUGGGUUUGAUGACGGGGUAUAAGGAAGAUCGAGUAUUUCCUUCACAUAUGCUUUGACGACCUCACUAUCUUUGCCAAAUCUGUCUUUCAAAAUGGCUAAGGCCCUAUUAUACCCUUCGGCAGUAUAUGGCAAAGCUUCAAUUGCUUUCUUCGCUUUCUCGCAUAAUAAUUAUCUAAGAUAAGAAAAUUGAGUAACAGGAAGCGUACUUGAUUUAUCGAUUGUUUCAGAAUAUUGUCCCCCAAAUCGAGGCCAAUCAGCAUAUGUUCCAUCAAAUUUUGUGAUUGUAAGCUUGGGUAACCUGGCUUGGAUGUUUCCACUUGCGCUUGAAGAUAUCUCACUCGAUGGUGCUUCCACUUUCUUGUGUUCUGCUUUCAGUUUAAUUUUUGCUUCUUCAAGUUUAAGCUCGAAAUUCAUACGCUCUUGUCGAUGUUGAUCUUCACGUUUGACUUGUGUAUCGUUUAACCACUGUUCGAGAAGCCCUAUUGUUUGGUCUGCUGCUUCUAUAUGCUUUUCUAUUUCGUUGCUCCAUUGAUCGAUCUCGCUCACUUCUUCCUUCGAUGUAAUUUUCUCGGCUUCGACAGUUCUAUGCCAUUUGCUCACUUCUGUUAGCGAUUCUUUUAAAGUUUCGAUAUGUCUUCGAAUAACAUGUUCCUUACCUCCUUUUAAAACGUUAUCCGACUUAUCUCUUGCUCUCCCAAGUUGAAUUAGUUUUGGUUUUAGUGUAAUCUCCGCGGUUUCUCCCGUAUUUUCGCCUGUCGCCAUGUCGCUUUUAUACAAACACUUUGUUUACGACUUUUACACACGCUAAAACAUCACAAAAUCACAAAUAUCCCGUUCGUUGAGGUGCCACGUGUUGUGAAUUUCUAUGCCUCCCUUAAAACGUGUUCACAACAAAUCACAAAUGGUUGAAUUUUAAGUAAAUAUCAAUAAUAUAUUUUGUCACAUCUCUGGUUUUCUCACACUCUCACAAUCCCUUCACAAUACAUGCACAACGCCCUCUCUACAUCCGGUUUGGAACUUCUGCUAUACUCAGUUCCCGAAAUUGGCUCGGUAAAAGCGCAAACAAAUGUAGCCAAAUAACAUCGCUCUAAAGUUCCUAUCGAAUUGCGCAACUGUAGCUGACUGUAGCGCAUUGCAGCACUGUGAUUGGUUUGCUUCAUCUGACUGUAGCAAAAAUGCUAAAUUUAGUAACUCGUCCCCCCGCGCUGUAGCAUUUUGACGUAAGACCCCCAGUUGACUGUAGCAUUUGGACGUCAUAAAUCGCUAUAUUUAGACCACUUUUCUGAACGCUUUUUGAACGAUGUUUACAAAGUUUAGGUGAUUUCCCCUAAAAGCGGGCGUUGUUUCGGGUAAAAAUCAGGUUAAGAUAAGCGCUUAUUAAUUAAUUAAAAACGUAACUUAAUAUUUGGAGCUCACAAGAAACGUACGGACAUCUGGUCGAAGCUGCGGAAGUUGAUUUUUUGAGAUAGAGAAAUUGGAAAACUUCUAUAAGGAAUUUUUACUAUCAACACAUUCAGUAUUAAAAAUAUUUUUGCACGAAAAUCUGACUGUAGCAUUUGCUACAGUUGCUACAGUCUGGAUCCGCCCCUACGAUGCCUAGCAAAUCUGACAGCACGAAAUUCCGAAAUUUACAGCGAAUUGCUAUACAUCAGGCCAGACUUCUCGUAUAUCGGUAAAUGUCAUACAACGUCCUAUUUUGAAUAAUGAAAAUUACGGAAACAUUGGGAAUCAUCCUAAGGUCAAUGCCAGGUAGACCAAAAUUUAAAAUUUUGAAAGACCAGCUGCAGUAUUCACAGAUGUAUUUUGUGGUGAAUUGGCCACACCAUCCAGUAGCUGUACAAUUAUAUAUCUAGCCUGUAGUAGAGAUGACUGAAUAUCAUCUGACGCCGAAGCUCUUUCAUUUUCCGCCAUGUUUACUUAAAAAAGCACAUGUAAUCCAAUAUCGUGAAAAUAAUUACGCGCCAUUUAUAUGCACCGUUAGCCCGCGUGCAGGCCCAAGGGAGCAGGCUGAAGGGAACUUGAUAGUGGGCCUGCAAGCAAGGCCCGGUAUUUUGUACUUUCCGCGUUCGCCCACGAACGCGGCAUUCUGAUUGGCUGUUUGCUGUUGGAUUCUAUAAUUAGGUCAGUGAUUCAUCACAAAGGCAUAGACAAAGGCUCUCGAUAAGCUUAAAAUUCGAAAAUUGAUCACUUUUUUCGAUUACAAAUGGAACAAGAACAGACUGUUUAUUGUUUACUUGAAGGAACAAAUGUUUUUGCCGUUAUGCCAAUGAGGAUUGCUUGUCGUGAGGUGUUGGAAUAGCAACAUUUUAAUAUUACGAAUGGGGUAUAAAACUAUAGUAACCUUUACUUGAGUUUCAUUAAUUUCAAACAAACUUGAUACGUUAUAUGUUCCUCAAGAAAAUUAUCUUUUGGUUGAUGUUGAGAUGCAGUUGCAUGUAAGCCAAUUCAAAAUACUUUGCGAUUUACAAGGCUUCGCUGAGAGAGCAAAAGAUAAGACGGUAUUAAAUUGCCGUUUGAAACGAAACGAUCUGGACUCUGAACGCUCUCUUCUUUUGUAGAGUUCUCACCAAAUGAAAUAACUGAAAUAAAUUUCGUACUUUCCGCCGCCAACAAGAAUUGCACACACGAUCUGAUAAAGUGAGACAAUUUAUUUAUAACAAUGGCGACAGCGAAGCAACAUUAUAAAUGCUGAUGUGGUCGCACGACUUCCCUCACGAUUUGAAGUUUGAGACUGGUUUUCUGUUGAAAUUCGUCUUAAUUUGCCUGUUCCGAUUUUAGUUGAAAAUGAGCACUUGUAAAUUUGGCAAUUACUGACUGCGUUGGUUUUUUUUUUUUUGUGUUUUAACACAGGCAUUUACACAUUGUUUCUAUUUUGAAUAUUAAAGCAGAGAAAACCCCGCAACAUUUUAAUGGUCUGGACUCUGAACGCUCUCUUCUUUUGUAGAGUUCUCACCAAAUGAAAUAACUGAAAUAAAUUUCGUACUUUCCGCCGCCAACAAGAAUUGCACACACGAUCUGAUAAGUGAGACAAUUUAUUUAUAACAAUGGCGACAGCGAAGCAACAUUAUAAAUGCUGAUGUGGUCGCACGACUUCCCUCACGAUUUGAAGUUUGAGACUGGUUUUCUGUUGAAAUACGUCUUAAUUUGCCUGUUCCGAUUUUAGUUGAAAAUGAGCACUUGUAAAUUUGGCAAUUACUGACUGCGUUGCUUGUUUCUUUUGGAGUUUUAACACAGGCAUUUACACAUUGUUUCUAUUUUGAAUAUUAAAGCAGAGAAAACCCCGCAACAUUUUAAUGCGAGUUUGUUUGUUAAUAUUUGGGUUGCUGUCAUUGGUUCUUUUUUGACAAUUGACGCGCGAAUGGGGCGUGUUAUGAAAAGGGGCGUUUUACAAAAUACCGGGCCUUGCUUGCAGGCCCACUAUCAGUUCCCUUGGGCCUGCACGCGGGCUAAUGCACCGUUUUCGCCCCAUUUGGAGCUAGUGCCCAAUUGCAUCACGGGAUUGUACUUGCCAAAUGUACGAUUGUUGGAAAAUAUUAAAACGAUACGUUUACUAGUAUGUUGUUGCAAAAUAAUACUUUGUCAUUGAAUGCUUUGUUAUUGUUAAUAAAUGUCUUGUAACCGCCACAAAAUUGUAGCAAUUAAAAGGUUACUUUAUCGUUGCCAAAUGUGUUAUUAUUGUAGCAAAAUGUUACGUUAUCAUUGCCAAAUGUGUUAUUGAAUUUUGACACACAUCAUCCGCCAUGUGCAGAAACCCUCGCCUUGCUGACAAAGUCAUUGUAUUUUCCGAACAUGAAGUAUCUAAAGUAGUUGUCAUGGUAGCACGACAAUUUUUUAAGAAUAUUCUUUACAAGGCUUACAAAAUGAAAAAUCGCCAAAAAAUAUCACUUUUAAUUACAAAAUUAUCACUUUCCCAACAUAUGUAUGUUAGGUAUGAUAUUAUUCGUAAUAUAAGCUUCAAAUUAAGGUAAAAUUCAACCGCAAACGCUUCGCAAAACGUUUUAAAGUGUUCUUUAUAAAACCAAACUCGAGACUAUUGAACUGCCUUUAAUUAAAUGGCUUUAUCGAAUUUCGGUAAACUUUGAGUUUGCAAUAAAAUGAUUUCAAAUUCUCGCAUGCAAAUAACUUUGCUUUCUUUUUUAUUUAAAAAAUUCAAUAUAAUAAAAAAGGGAAUCAAUAUUAAAGAUACACUGAAAUUAUAUGCUGUCUUGUUUAGUUGUUUCAUAUACGCAAAGGGGCAAAGGCCGUCGGGUUUUAAAGCAAGUAUAAAAUGAAUAUUUAAAACAAACUUACCUUCGUUAACGUCGGCUUUCUUCUUUUAGCCGAUUCUUUCGCACUUUCUUUCUGAGAAAGCUUUUCAAAUUUACAAAAUCUUGCAAAAAUGCGAGCAAAAAUGAAAUAUAUAUUUGCAAGAAAUUUAUCAAUCAUCAAAUCAAGAAAAUUAAGAAAUGUUUGCUAUUUCGCUGUCGUCAUGCAGUCGUUAUAAUGCAAACUUUAAAGUUAACCAAUCAGUGCCCGCUAUUCAUGACAGUCCACCAUAUUUUUGAGAUCAGUGAGGAUGACCACCCGCCCAACACCCCAACACCGUUGGUCACUCAAACCAGCGCUCAUUGAUGAACUUUUAUAGACUUCGCUAAUGCUUUCGUUUCCCCGGGUGUAAAUAGCCAAGGGGGGAAUUAGUACCCUCGCACGGCGCUUCGCGCCGUCGGCUCGGGGAUCUAUCCAAUAGGAACCGUUAAUAAGGGGUGGAGCAUUAGAUAUCCUGGGAGGGGGGAUGGCAGAUCCAAAAAAAAAUCAUGCAAGCAGUUGGACUAGAAAAUAAAAUUCCUGCAAGCACUUUGGGAAAGAAAACAAAUUCGUGCAACUUCAUGAGAAAUCCAGGUAAAACUUACUGAGCGCGGGCAGUUUAAUAGCUAAUAUGGCUCAUUUUAAGAUAUUUAUAACUUUACAUGCAGUACUUGUGAUACAUGUACUUGAUGUACGUACAGUGCAUGUGUACAUGCUGUAAAACAUUUAAUAACAUCAAUAACAUUAUAGAUUGAAACUAAUUAGUUUAUAUAUAGAGCAUAUCAGGCCCGAAACGCGGCUAAGAGUCAACCGAGUCAGUCAACUCGGUAAGAUUUUUUGUAAAAAAAUUCAAAACAGAAUCUUGUUGGAGAAAACAGAUCCUGAAUGAAAUUUAUUCAAUUUCUGAUGAAGGGUAGAAGACUAGGCUAGUAAAAGUGCGAAUUAGUGUCCCAAAUGUAAUAUUAUUACCACAAACAUGUUUUUUUUUUAUUAUACAUGCAUGCACCUGAUCGUGUUGAACCAAGAGUACUCGAAUUCUUAUGAUUGGAUAUUAAUUGUAGUACAAUUGUGAGACACACUAUAAAAUUAUAGUCAUUGUGUCACUUAUGAGAUUGAUUUUUUUUGAAAACUGCUCCCAGAAUGCAGGAAGACUAUGAAAUUAUAUAUAGUCAUUGUGUCACUGUUUAUGGGAUUGAUUUUUUUCUUAAAACUGCUCCCAGAAUGAAGGAAGACUAUGAAAUUCUAUAGUCAUUGUGUCACUGUUUAUGAGAUCGAUUUUUUUCUUAAAACUGCUCCCAGAAUGCAGGAAGACUAUGAAAUUAUAUAGUCAUUGUGUCACUGUUUAAUUAUUGUAUAUGAUCACUGAUAUUUUGUUAAAAUUGCUCAGUAAAUCUAAAAUCUUAGUUACGGGUCUCGGGGUCUGCAUAUGUGCACACUAUCAUUAAUAUUAAUUAAACAUACUAAUAUUGUAAUAUGGGUGCACCAGAAGUUGUUUUUUUAAAUAUGAGAUUGAAUGAAAAAAUACAUUCACUGUUUUGGAAUUAACUAAUUUUCACACAAGAAAGUAUUUCUUGUAUUUCUGCUUGACACCUAUGAACUGACACCUUCCAUGUCACUAUAUGAUAGAUUUUAAUAAUUGUAAUGUAUUAAACUUUCAUACGAUUGCUCAAUGGGGAAAUUUUGUGCCAAUAACCAACAUAAUUGCUUCGCUACAUUGCCGCCAUUUUUUCUGUAUCAGUAGAGAGAGAAAUAGGUAGGUAAAACCGUUUCAAAAAAAUUCCUGCGCAGCUUCUACUCCGACAAAGCUUAGAACUCAAAGAGAUAAUGGGAUAAUUGCAGGGAUAAUCCCCCCCCCCCCAGGAUAUCUAUUGGUCCAUCCCAAAUGUCAUGUUUCUUUACAGAUGUAUAAAAAGGUAAUCGAACUUCAGCACGCUAUUGUACGUGAAUUACUCUGCGUAAGACCACAUUUUUUCAUAAUCGGAAAGAUCAGGCUUUUAGAACAUUUAGCUGUUGAACGACAUGUUUUUCAUGCCAUUGGAGAAAAAUAAGCAAGUACGAGUCCGAUAAAAAAUGUUAGUCAGAACAGCAUAUUUUCUAUUUGUGCCACUGCCUAAUUAAAGCAGUGCAUAACAAAAAAAAAAGCAAUUAACCACGAACUUGUCGCAGCUUAGCUAAUAUUUAUGCAUACUUAAUAAUAAUCAUAAAUAUGUGUGUAGUUUAUUCAGUUAAGUGAAAUUCAUCAACUGAAUAAGUACCGAGGGGGGUUAAUUUUCAAUGGUCUUAGAUCCAACUCUCAGCGGUGAAAAUAUGCGAUUCUGACUAACAUUUUUUAUCGGAUUCGUAUUUGCUCAUUUUUUAUCCAUUUGGCAAGAGGAACAUAUCAUUCAACAGCUAAAAUCGCUACCAGCCUGAUCUUUCCGAAGACGAAAAAAUCUCGUUCAUACGCAGAGUAAUUCAGAUACAAUACCGCGCUGACGUUCGAUUGCCUUUAUUUUGAUACACCCUGUAUAAAAUCAACAUUCCGUAUGGAAAUUAUUUAUAGCAUAAUUACUGAUUGACAGGCGUAUCGAUUUCGACCAAUGGGAAUUUUGCGUUAUGUGGGCAACGCGCAUUUCGCUUAUUGAUGUGUUGUCGGGGUCCCUUCUUUCCUUUCGCAUGCCCGGAAAUCUAAAUUCGCGGAAAGGAGGGACCGCUCGCACUCUAUUUAUUCUUUAUCUUUAAUACUUAAACAUACUUAAAGAGCCCUUUGCAAAAUAACAGCUCAGAGUAUAUAAAUUCCAAAUUGUUUAUUAUUUUGAGAUUUCGUGUUUAAUGCACACGGGCUCGUAUCACGGAUACGAGCCCGCGUGUAUUAAACACCAAAUCUCAAAAUAAUCUCUAAAAUUAUAUUAAGCAAGAAAAUAAACCAAUGCCAAGUGUCUUGAAAACAAAUUAAUUGGCUCAACCUAAACAACCGAGUUAAAUAGUGUCGAAAUAUAUGUCUGGUACUUACGCAUUACACAGGAGUAGUUGACUUCCAAGUACUUUCUUAUUCUGGGACAAGGAUCAGUUAAUUUUAAUAAAUCUGCCAUAAAUGGCGAAGCACUGAGAUCGCACGCUCUUCUAUGAUCACAAUAAUUCUUCAAAGAAGAUGUUGUAGUUGGAAUUUCCUUUGCACCACAACCAUUAAAACUUUGUAGACUGGAGCAAUGAUGUCUUUCUAGUACUCCCCAAAACGCUGUGGUAAUAUUUAUAACAAGUCCAAAAGGGCAUCUUAUCGUUACAAGUCCAUGUUCACAAAUUAAUGCGUAUUUCGUUAUGCCUAGAAAAAAACGACAGCUAUAUUUCCUGAUCCAUUGACACGCUAAUUUAAUGCCGUUUCGAAUGUAACCCAGUGGGGAGGGUAUUAAUUUUGGUAUAAACGUCCGGGUGUGUCAGAGAGAUGAGAGAGCGUAAUUAUAGCUAUAGCGUAUUCACAAACACUCGUGUGUUAUGUCAAAGACGUUCGAUGGUUUUGUUCGUCAAGUUCAUGCGCAAACAACAAACCGAAACUACACUGUCACUGGUAAUUAUCAAGAUAUGCAAUGAUUGGUUAAGAUUAAGAUGUUGCAGAUCAAUGUAUACACUAUAAUUUAAUUCUCAUUUUGCAUGAACAAACGUGGAGGUGGUAUUCCUGGCAUUAUAGGCUAAAGGCCGUUUUCCACCAGGUGAGUUUUUAUAAAUGUAAUGUAAUUUUAUAAAUUUAUAAAUAAAUGUCUCAGUAUAUUUAUCGAACGAUCUCUUACUCCCUUAGCCUCAUUUUAAUAAUAGAUUCUUUUUGCCUUUUUAUAAUGACCAACAACAAGGCUAAAUUUUUUAUUUAAUUCAAUACGACGUUUACUCCAUCAUCAGGUAAAAAACUACAAUCUGCGAUCUAAAAACGUUAAAACUACAAUAAACGUCAACGCUUGCAACCGUUGCAUGCUCGCGUGCAAGGUUGCGCAAGCAUGCAUAUAAGACAUAUAAAUUGCAAGUCGGAGAAAAAUAUCAUAGGUCUCCCGAAAAGGUCUUUUAUAUUUCAAAAAAAUCCAUACAAUUUGCUUUAAAAUGCAAUGCUUUGUUUGACAUGCAAUGCUUCAAUGUACAGAAAAAACCUCUAUAAUUUGUAUUACAUGAAGUACGUGUAACAUCACAAUAGCGUUGCGUCAUUAUGUAAUAUAUCCCCCCAAGAUUGGCAACUAAAUACAAAUUUAAAACUGUAUACACAAACUUAAUGACGAAAAAACUCGUACAUAAACAUCGAAAUUCAUUUAAAAAACUAACUCACUAUAGUAAGACAUAACUUUAAGGUGGCUCCCUACAGUUCUCUAAAAUUCUAGGUAUUUUGAGUAACGUUCGCUUUGAACCGAACUUAUAUUAGAUAAACGAUGAUCAUUUCCAGGAAAGUUCAGAAGCUGUGUGCUGUCCAUUUAUGAACAAAUUAAAACAGUGUUCGUGUUGCCAUGGUAACCAUGAUGUUUAAUCUUUUGCACUUUUAUUGUCUAAUUUCACAAUAAAUUGACAAUAUCUAUAUUCUCCUUCGGUGAAUUUUUCUGAAAUUUGUUUUGAAGAUUUAUGGCCCAUAAAGGAAAAAUAUAUCAAAAUUUGAAGGGAAUUUACAAAUAAGUUUUCGAGAUAUUCGUGAAUGACGAAUACAGAAAAAGUUAUGUGUAGAAUUUCUUAGAAUUUGGAUAUGUUGUACCACUCGUCUUGUAUAACAAAAAUACAAAGUUUAAAAAAAUUUCACCGAAGAAAACACGAGAAUAUCAUCGCUAAAAUCGGCGUGGCCAGCACUGAAAAAAAUCGACUCGACAUGAGCACGAUCUGCGCAUGCGUGUAAAUUGUAGCGUGUGAUGUAUAGUGAUUUCAACUUUUUGGCUUACAAUACAUACGAAAACAGAUAUUUCUGACUUGUUUGGCAUGAAAAUAAAAUAUUAAUCUUGAAAAUACUAAUAAAAAAAACACUAUUAUUCGCAUUGUAUUAAAUCCAGUGUUAGUUUACAUUUGUUUUUGUUGUUAAAAUCGGUGUGAAAACUUUUCAAAACAUCGAACUACAAGUUUAACUUUUCAUAUAAAACAACUCAUAACUGUUUUAUUUGAUUUAGCAGAUAAAACGAUACCUGUGAAUUGAAUUGAAUUGAUUGACAGAACUUACAUAAGUUUCGGCGACAGUUCACUACUGUUCAAGAGUUAUAGAAGACAGUAUCAUUUCAGUUUGACAGUUCGCAACACAACAAGAUGAAAAUUUUGAGCAAUAUGAAAGACAAUACUGAACGUAAAUACGUAAAAACACACUAAAAGAUUGGCUAAACUAGUUAAUAACAUACGUACUGUUCGAAUUCACAAAAAAAUUAGGAUUAUAAUGAAAAACUGGAGCUUUCUUUGUAGAUAAAAACGCCAAAAAACUUCCCGCGGCUUGUUUCAAUAUUUUUGCCGAACAGUAUUACCGAAAUCAGUAGAGUGUCUUUUCCGGAAGUUGAAAAGACAGUCGAAAGCCAGUAGAAACGUUCAUGUUUUAUGACGUCACGGUGAAGGAAUGCAGCGUGGAACUUGUAAGUUAUUUUACUUAUUAGUAAACUUUAUUUAGUUUGACAAAUUGCCAAUGGCUCGCCAAACACAGAACAAGCUUUUGAGCAAAGGGAGAAGUUCUAGGGUGAGGCGGUAAAACCGAUGUUUUUUGAAAACCGAAUUACUCGAUGUUACUUUUGGAGAAAGACCGGAAAACCGAAAAAACCGGAGGAAAACCGAAAUCGAACCAUACUUAUACGGGUCUGUUGCAAAUGAAUCAACUUUGGCAUUUACACACGAAAACUAAAGAGAUUUUGUUUAAAAUUUGAUAACAUCUUCAAAAUACCUUACGUUUAAUAUCAUUCUACAAUUUCGCGCGAGCUUGAGGUCUUGAACGGAUAAGCGGAUCAAACGAUGGUGAAUUUUGAUUCGCUGGUAAUAAAGGCGGACGUCUGCGAAGACAGGUUUAAGAUAUUCAUAUAGCGUGUUGUGUCUUUUUUAAACCGUUUAAAGUUUACUAAUAAGUAAAAUAACUUACAAGUUCCACGCUGCAUUCCUUCACCGUGACGUCAUAAAACAUGAACGUUUCUACUGGCUUUCGACUGUCUUUUCAACUUCCAGAAAAGACACUCUACUGAUUUCGGUAAUAAACAGGACGAUUCCACGCGCAGGUCGCGAGGAUGAAGUCUGAUCUAUGUAAAUCGUAUUUAAACUGUACUAACUGUAGGGAGCCACCUUAAUACUUCUACAUUGUAUUUUUUUAUUCUCUCAUCACUUUAAAACGAGUUAAUUUUGUGAAAAUUUCGAGGAAAAUGGCUCAAUUUGGUCAAAACUAUGCGGGAUGACUGCUCCCGGCGUUACGUUACAAAAUAAGGCUCUCUGAUUUGCUGAAAAUGUUUAAAAUUUCAAAAAAACUCUUUGAUUGGCUGGAUGAAAUUUCCCAGCGAAUCACGGAGCUUUAUUUUGUGACGUAACGCCGGGAGCCAUCAUCCCGCAUAGUUUUGAUCAAAUUGAGUUACGAAUUUGAUGAAAUUUCCUCGAAAUUUGCACAAAAUUAACUCGUUUUAAAGUGAUAAGAGAACAAAAAAACACAAUGUAGAAGUAUUAAAGUUAUGUCUUACCAUAGUGAGUUAGUUUUUUAAAUGAAUUUCUAUGUUUAUGUACGAGUUUUUUCGUCAUUAAGUUUGUGUAUACAGUUUUAAAUUUGUAUUUACUUGCCAACCUUGGGGAUAUAUAUUACAUAAUGACGCAACGCUAUCCUGAUGUUACACGUACUUCAUGUAAUACAAAUUAUAGAGGUUUUACUGUACAUUGAAGCACAGUUUUUAAAAUUAUAUUAAAUAUCAUUAAACUGUGAUUGAAGCAUUGAAUGUCAAAGCAUUGCAUUUGAAAGCAAAUUGUAUGGAUUUUUUUGAAAAAUAAACGACCUUUUCGGGAGACCUAUGAAAAUAUUACCAUAAUUAGAUCAACACUGCAAUAGUUACUAUGGUCUGUUUUUAUUUACACUACAAAGUCCAAAAUAUUCAGCUGUUCGUAUUUGCCAUUCAAAUCCGGUUUAAGUUGCUGGAUAAACAAAGGUUCAGCAAUUUUUCGCUCCAAAGAUCCCUUUGGUUUUUUUUAUUAAUAUUUUAACCGAGAGUUUUGGUUUUUGACCAAGAUGGUGUUUUCUAUAAAGCCAUUUCGCAAUCGGGUUUGCUGCAGAGCGGUAAUUACUAUAUAUUUAGACUGUUCGUAUUUAGUUUAUUAAUAUGCUUUAGCAAUACCUGUUAUUUAAGGUCAUGCCAAUAAAGCUAUUAUAAAUUGAAAUUGGACCACUAAUGGUCAACUUGUCUCGCUGAUAUAAGAUGCAUGCCCUGUAAAGAUCACAACUCAAUUGAGACUUUGGAGCGGAUGAGGUUCUGCAAAUUUGGAAUUUUUGGCAUUCUUGCAUUCUUUGUCAUAAGGUCGAGAUCUUCGUUAACGUCGGCGCCUUUGCUCGCUUCUUUUAGCUUAUUCUUUCGCCUUUUUCUUCUCAAAAAGCUUUUGAAACUUACAAAAUAUCGCAAAAAUGAAAUAUAUUUGCAAGAGAUCAUCAAAUCAAGACAUUUUUGCUAUUUCGCUGUCGUCAUGCAGUCGUUAUAAUGCAAGUUUUAAAUUGGACCAAUCAGUGUUGGCUAUAUUCAUGACAGUCCACUAUAUUAUGAGAUCAGUGAGGAUGACCACCAACCAAACACCGAAGCACGCAUGGCAACCAACGCCCGCGAUCAUUGAUGAACUUUAUACUUCGCUAAUGCUUUCCUUUCCCCAGGGGUAAAUACCCGGGCGGAAUUAGUACCCUCGCACGGCGCAACAAAGGGAUCUUUGGAGCGAAAUAUUACGGAAGUUUUGUUUAUCCAGCAACUUAAACCAGAUUUGAAUGGCAAAUACGAACUGCUGAAUAUUUUUGACUUUGUAGCGCAAAUAAACACAUACUUCUGUAAUUUCAGUCCUAAUUAAUCUAAUUAUUGUAAUUCUAAUUAAAUGUCGGACACGCAAUUUAUAUGCUUGCGCCAUAGAGAUUAUAAAUAACACUUGUAAUCGUGUUAUUUAUAAUCUCUAUGGCUUCGCAACCUUACAUGUGAGCAAUGAGCAUGCAACGGUUGCAAGCGUUGACGUCAAGUCUAAUCUAAUCUAAUCUAACCUAACCUAACCUAAUCUAACCUAACCUAACCUAACCUAAUCUAAUCUAAUUUAAUUUAAUUUAAUUUAAUUUAAAUUGUGAAAUUUGCUGUAUAUGGGAAUUAUUGUGAUUUAUCACCCCAUGUAUAUGAAAUGUCAAGACGGCCAACAAAACCAUGAACAUUUGCAUAGUAUAAAUGAUUGCUAUAUCUGCAUAAUCUGUUGCUGACUUAUUUGUUCCAUGCUUUAUUGCAACUUCAAGACUGUACUAGAAAAUAUACACACACAAAUAUGUAUAAAUAGGAUAUACAUAAAAGAUUCUGCAUGAAUUGACCGGGUCUAAACUUCUAUUAAUUAUGUGCAUUACAAGAAAAUAUAUUUGGCUGACAGAGAUCAGCCUGGUUUUGCGACCUGCAAUGGCCACACAUAUAAUUAUAAGCAGCCCCAAAAUUGAAUAUCUACAAUCCAAUUAUUUAUUAUGACAGCGCGCGCAAGAAUACAAAACCUGUCUUGCCGAAGCAAAAACAGCAUUUUUUUUAACUGUUAAAAGCUUAUAAAUUGGUUAUGUGAUAAAACGUGACUGUGUCCGUUUUAGCGAUUGCAGAAUACCCGUCCACUUUUGAAGACCACACUUGUUAUCAUGAUACGAUGAUGCGAAGUGAAAAUGAUUACGUAAUAAGUAUAUAACUGCACUAUUAUAAAAGGCUGGGUAACCUAUAUUUUUGCGUGAUACGAUGAUACGAAGAAUUGAUAAAUAUGUCUGUGAAAAAUUAAAUUAGAUACGUUGGUAUUUUCAAAGAACGAGGCAAUUAUAUUAUUAAAUUUUAUAUUAUUAAAGAAAGAAGUAUACGCUGUUUAGUUUAUGAUUUUUAUUAUAAUGCGGCUUGCUUAUUAAGUAAUCAUGUUCGUAUGGUCGUAUCACGCAAAAAUAUAGCUUACCCAGGCUUUUAUAAUAGUGCGGUUAUAUAGUUAUUACGUAAUCAUUUUCACUUGGUAUCAUCGUAUCAUGAUAUCAAGUGAGACCUUCAAAAGUGAACGGGUAUUCUGCAAUUUAGUCAAAUCUUCUAACAUGCGUUUUCUCCUUAACUUUCACUUUCUAUUUAAAUUUUCAAACUCAUGAAUAGAAAGUACUUACUUGAAUUGUUCACGUUCACUGGUUUUACUUUCAGCUCUACAAAAAGGAAGUGAUAGUCAUAAUUCGAUUGUUUAUUAAAGGUUAUGGUUAUGCACUAAGCAUCAAGGGCUUAACAAAAUAUGCUAAUUUCCACUCCGGAAAAUAAGCACCGGAUCGGAGUAUGGUCCAAUACCACGAUACGACAUGGAUCGUGGAUUUGGUAACUACAUUGUGCAGAUGGUGAAUUGGUUCACUGAUGGUGAAGUGGUUUCACGAUCCGUAAACCAUAUGGACGAUAUGUGCACAUGGUGAAUUGGUUGACGGAUGGUGAAUGUGGUUUCACGAUCCGUGAAUGAUGCGCAUGGUGCCACAGGGUAGACCCCAAAACACUGACGAUCCGUGCAGAUGGUGCGCAUGGUGAAUUGGUUGACGGAUGGUGAAAGUGGUUUCACGAUCCGUGAAUCAUGCGCAUGGUGCCACAGGGUAGACCCCAAAACACUAACGAUCCGUGCAGAUGGUGCGCAUGGUGAAUUGGUUGACGGAUGGUGAAUGUGGUUUCACGAUCCGUGAAUGAUGCACAUGGUGCCACAGGCUAGACCCCAAAACACUAACGCAGACCUUCCAACCUCUGAAACACCCAAACCUUGAGAUCCCAAUAAUUUCCUUGGAGAAACCUUGAGAUUUGGGUCCCAAACCUUGAGAUUUUCAAAUUUUUCGAAAACGAAGAAACGUCAACAAUAACAAAUAUUAGAAAGAUUUAAACUGUCAUAGUAAGUGUUUCUUUAGCUAAAACUAAGUCUAAACAGAUGCUAAAUAUAGCUAAACGAAUGCAAUCAAUGUCAGGAAAUUAUCUACACUGUAACUGUCACCGUCGACUGAUUAACAAACAACCAUAUACUAUAUUAAAUACAACAAACUGUAACAAGACAGACAAGUUCCUUAGAUGGUAGGAACAGCAGUAUCUUCUACGUCAAACUGCUCACUUUCCGCAUCACUGCUGUCAUUGUUUCGUUCCGCCAUCUUGAACACGUGGCAUGCUAUCACACAGUCGUGCGCGAACAAACGCGUGGACACUCAAUUAUCAAUGCGCUAGAUAACGCGUAUUUAGUACGAGCAACAAAAGUUUUAUUAUUAUCUAUAGACUAUUAUACGUAAAAUUUAUAAGUCAAGUUGAUCGAACUGAAAUGAACUGAACACAUAAAUUUGAUUUCAUUUUAGGUUGUUUUUUAUUGAGAUUGCCAUUUUAUUGACUUAUUCAGUAUUGUGAAAAACCGUGAGAUUUAGAGGUUAAACCGUGAGACCGUGAGAUGAGACCAUAGAUAUCUUACAUACACUAGAUAGCGCAUCUCUUUUAGUAAAAUUGAAGCCAAGAAUAUUCCAGCGGUUACCCCCAUUUGAAUAGAUGGCGGCCAUGUUGGUCGUUCCCACUUGCUAAUAAACGCUUAAAAAGUGAAUAGUUUAAAAAUGUAUUUGGAAUAGGGUUAACUUAAUGUUUAAGUUCCCUGUUUAAGAAAUAAAAAACAUACGAAUCUUCUUAUUUCAUGGGAACGACCUGAGACUGCAAUCACGGCUUCAAUUUUUGAAUUGCAUAAUAAUUAGAUGCACUAUCUAGUGUAUAUAAGAUAUCUAUGGAUGAGACCUUAAACCGUGAGUCUCACGGUCAAACCGUGAGAGUUGGAAGGUCUGCUAACGAUGCGUGCGGAUGGUGCGCAUAGUGAAUUGGUUGACGGAUGGUGAAUGUGGUUUCACGAUCCGUGAAUGAUGCACAUGGUGCCACAGGGUAGACCCCAAAACACUAACGAUCCGUGCGGAUGGUGCGCAUGGUGAAUUGGUUGACGGAUGGUGAAUGUGGUUUCACGAUCCGUGAAUGAUGCACAUGGUGCGACAGGGUAGACCCCAAAACACUGACGAUCCGUGCGGAUGGUGCGCAUGGUGAAUUGGUUGUUUUCCUUGGUUUGUGAAGAAUGGAUAUCAAACUGACAAAUCAAACUCGGAUCAAAGUAUUUGCCGAUCAUGCGAUUAUUAAACCAUAUUGCCAUAUCUUGAGUACUCCAUAUCUUACGGCAAGUCUGUGCGCAGACUAGCCAUAUUUCCGAUGGGAUCAUGAUGAAUAUAUUUUGUCUGAAUAGCUUUAUAUUUUAAAGGUGAAUAGCAAAACAAAAAAGUUUUAUUCCACACUGAACGUCGAACCAGCUAUAAAUAACCAUUAUGAAGUACGCAUGAGAUUCAACAUGACAUUCAACAUGAUAUUCGAUGUCGUGUAAGUUAACUAAUUUCAAUCACUCAAAAGUCAAAAUGAUAAAUAAUACAGCUAUUCUUCUCUCCCAAAUCAAUUUGUGAGAAACAAACCAUGUAGGUCACAUUAGCUAACUAGUACCUUCAUGGUUAUCCGCACACAAACCGACAAACACAUCUAAAAGCACUCCAAAACGAUACUUUCCUAACAGCUAUUCACACUGCCAAUAUAAAAUGGCUUAUUGCAUUUUUAAUCCACACCCCCACCCCCCACCCUAUGGAGGACAUCCAUUUUUUGGACCCCCUCCCCUGGAAUUCCACAGAUGUUGAUGAAUUCCGCGAUUUUUUACAAAUUUCCAGCCUACCCCAUGGAAUUUCCACAGAUUUUUGACGAAUUUCUACUCAUCCCUUGGAAAUUCCACCAAUGGUUUUGACCUAGUCUCUGGAAUUUCCACAUUUUUUGUUUAAUAGGUAACCAUCCCUUGGAAUUUCCAUGUUGUUUUUUUAACCUACCCCGUGGAAUUUCCACAGAUUUUCUUUAAAAUUUAGACCCUCCCUUGGAAAUUCCUGCUUUUUUUGUUGAAUUUUAGGAAGGGGGCCCUGGAAAUUCCAGUAUCCUCCAUAGUGGGUGUGUGGUUUAAAAAUGCAGUAAGCCAAUAUUAAAUACAAUUUAUCAAGAAUUUUAAACUAUAAAUUUCUCCGCUCCUAUUCUAUAGCAUUUUUUAAAACUUUCAUAUCUUGUACAAAUUUAUCUCCUCUUUCUACUGGUUAUUGAAUAUUGUGUGGCUCCUGUAAUACUUCUAUGUGCUUAUAGAAGAUUUAUUCAUAAGUAAAAGAUACACGUCUGAUUAUGUCUAGGUGUUCUAGCGAGUCCUUGAGGUUUCUAUUACAAUUACAUGUGCUAGUGAUUAUGAUGUGAACUGUCAAUCAACCUAAUUGAUGUAUGUAUAUAGCUACUAUAUAUGAGCAUAUAUUACAUCCCCCUUUUUCUAAAUUAAAAGUAAUUAUUACCAAAAUAUAUAUAACGUAAAAUGAAUUAUUUAAGAAAUCAAGUCUAUGUUUGGAUUACGUGUUCGAUUCAAUAUUUAAGUAAACGUAUUCAAACAAUAUUAUUAUUAUUAUUAUUAAUGUUAAACACUCCCAGAAGGGUUUUUCAGUGUUCAAUACAGAAGUUAUAAAAAGUAAUUACUUAAUUAAAUUAUAUUCUAAAAACUAUAUAAUAUACUAUUAACACCAAAAUAUAUAAUAUCAAGCUAGUUAUAUUUAAGGUAAAAUACUUAUUAAUACUAUUUAAUUUAAAAUUUAGUCAGUAAAAGAUGUAAUUCAGUUCUAUUCAUCGACAAAUUGUUGAACCAAAUAACUUCGUAGCCCGCUUUUAAAACGUUCCAAAUUAAGAUUAUGGUCUUUUAGCCAUUCUGGCAAACUGUUCCAUAAACAAGAAGCUCGGUAGCGAAAAGAACGUUGUCCGGUCGCUGUUCUAUAUAAAGGUAUUUCCAAUAAUUCGCAAGAUCUUGUGUUCAAAUUGUGUAAUUGUGAUCUUGUUUGGAACAUACGACAUAAAUAUGAUGGGGCCAUACCAUUAACACACUUAUAAGCCAUUACUGUAUCUCGGAAUCGCAACAUAUAAUUGACUGGUAACCAGUUAAGCUGUUUUAAAGAUGGAGUGAUAUGGUCGAAUUUUUUUGUGCCCGUGACAAUACGUGCUGCGAAGUUCUGAACUUUUUGCAAUUUUGCAAUGUUUUUCUUCGAUGAAUUAGACCAUAUGGUUGAACAGUAAUAGAGUUUACUAAAAACCAACGCGUUUAUUAAAGAAUUAACGUCUUCAUAUCAAAAAGGUGCCUUGCUCUAUUAAAUUGACACAGGCUACCGACACAAGAGGAAACCAGUUUUGUGACGUGUUCAUCGUACGUCAAACCACUAUCCAGUGUCACGCCUAGAUCAGUGGCUGAGGUCACAGGAAACAGUUUUUUCCCCAAUAGUAAAAUAUGGAAAUCUGCCGGUAUCUGUUUCAACAUAUAACGAGUUGCGAACACAAGUAAUUUCGUCUUAUUGGAAUUAAUAAUUUCGUCUUAUUGGGAUUAAUAUGGCAAUCAUGCUCGAUAUGUUCACGUCUUGUAGUUCGGAUUCUGGUUUAUCCGUCUGCCAUAACGGCUUGUCUUCAGUUGAGGUAGGUUUGGCGCUUUUGGGAUUUGGAUGUUGUUUCUUUCUGCAGUGGUUGUUG